GCGAGACAAAGAGAGAAUGAGAUAGUGAGAGAGAGUUCAAUGUGAGGGCUCAAGCGCACACUACACAGAAAAACUUUGUUUGGUUCUCGUCUUUGACAGCAGAAGAAGGCUACUAUAAAGUAGCGGAUAAUGUCAAUUUCCAUAUGGAAUUCCAUAUCUGCGCAGUAGGCUACAUCUCCUCAGAGCCUGAGCAGGUGUCAGAUUUUACUGCGUUCACUUGCUGAAGGGGUGCUGACGGAGUUGUCUUGGAAUCCCUCUAUUCUUUCAAUCCAUCUCUCAUCAACCUGAUCUCCCUACUACUACCUCAUCCCUCCCUCUCUCCUCCUCACCCCUCCAUCUCCCCUCUCUGAGGGUUAUGGAGGACCCGGAACCCCCCUCUGUGGAGGAAGGUCCGUCCCUGCUCUGGCAGCCUGAAAAGAGGCGAAGCAGGAAGUCGGGAUGUUCCAACAUCUUCGCGGGGGUAAAUCUGCGUCAGCUAAGACGGCUGUUCCAUGUGGCCGGGGACCGGGACCCAGAGCAGCGGGCAAGACUGGUGUGGGGCAGAGAAGAGGGAGACAGAGAGAGAGAGGGAGGAGAGGAAGAGGAGGAGGGAGAGAUGGAUGCAGGGCUGGCCCAGGCGUUGGUGGGGUUCAGGGUGAGAGCCAGAAGCAGGAGUGGUAUCAGGACGGAGGGACACAGAGAACCCAAGUUGCUGAAAGCAUUUGGACACCUCAGGAUUAAGGAGGGUUUGGACCACCCUGAGGACAAUGAAGAGGAGGAUCCCAGUAAUAUUGGAGAGCUGGACCCCCUCCCUGGAGGGUCAACAGGUGCAGAGGGGGGCGCCCAGUUGACGGACGCACAGAGGCCCUCAGAGAGACCCCAUCUGGAGAGGCUGGGGGCCGCGACGAGGCAGGAGGGAACCAGGGACCCAGAACGCUACCUCCAUCGCAUUCUACACUGAGCCAAUGGAGAGAAAUGAGCGCUGGCCUGCUGAACUUAAAACGUGUCGUAAAGCUGCUCUGUGAUUGGUCCUUUUUCCAUUCACACCAAUCAGAGCGAGGUGUCAUUCAAUACAGAGUUGCCAUGUGUGGAGUUAAAUGAAGUACGUUUUCGACCAUACUGUCAACCUAACCUUACUUGUCGAGACGUUGUCACUUUUAACCAAAGGAAGGGAGAGAACUGGCAACAUCACAAUGACUGUUUGAGAGCAUUAUCAAUCCUGCUCAGUCACUGUUCACUGACUGAUCAGAGCAGACAGACCGAUCUACAACACUAUCGGCAGGUGACUAUGGCCGUGUUCGAGAGCUUCAAAACGACUGCAGGCGACUGUCGAAUCUACAAAUCACCUUGCAUCAAAUAACUCAUUAUUUGUAGUUCAGUCGGUCAGUUACAAUUUGCCCAUGAUGCAUUGCGGUUUUGAUCCUCUCGAACACAGCCUGUGUGUGGUCCAAAAAUCCCAAAGGCAUGGACUUCGUAGAAAAGCCAGUAACACUAGAAAUGGUUCUCUAUAACAAAGCGAUACCUGGUAGAUGUCCUACAACUAAACCUGAAAGCCAGUAACACUAGAAAUGGUUCUCUAUAACAAAGCGAUACCUGGUAGAUGUCCUACAACUAAACCUGAAAGGACUUGGACAGGUGUAAACAACAUAGGAAGACAUUUACACAGCUUUAACUGUGAUGGAAAACACACGACAGUUAUCACUCUGUACUGAAAGUGGUCCAACAGUGGACUAAUGAAUAAAAAUAAGAUUUAGUUUGAGUGAACUAUCCGCUUAAGGGUUAUGGUUGACACAUAAACAUGCAAAUCUGUCAAAGUAAACUUGCAUAUAUGUAUUUGUGUGCAUAGGUUUGUCUAACAAGUAGAUGAAUGUCCUCACCAAAUAAAGUGAGGGGGAAAAUAAGAAUAAAGUCUUCUCUCUAAAUAAAAACAUAUUUAUCAAAACAAACGACAAGAUACAUGGUAUUAAUGUAAUACAGUUUUGUUAUAAUCUUUCAUUAAAUAUAUUACAUACAAAUUAUACAGUGCAAAUGUCACAAUACAUUUCAGGUCAGUUAGAAUCUGUGGCAACAGCAGGAAGUCCUGAUAGUG